CGCAACCUCAAUUGGUACAACCGCGGUCUUUUCAUUAUGAUGUUUUCGAAAGCGAAGCGUUUGUUUCAAAUUUUGCUGUGUCUUUAUUUCACUUUCCUUGUCAACGCUUCGACUGAAGGUAGGAUGAAAUAACUUACUUCUUUGCAGGGUUUUCACAGGCCAGAUUAAAAGGAAAAAAAAACUCAGCGGUAACAACUUGACGGUGGGAUCCUCCCAUUGCUUCAUUAUGCAUACAAUUUUGUAGAUGAGAGCGGUAACCAUGCGUAGAACAUUAAGGGUCAUAGAGAGGUAGAGUACGUAAAUAACAAUUAUUGCCAGGAGAUUAUGUGGAACAUAUCAUUUCCUAAACCGUCAGGAUAAGCUGUUAGAAAACGCACGUACGUAUGAGUCAAAUCGACACAAUUGGCUUAGAUUUGAAUUUAAGGUUUUCAAAUUAGAACACAGGGUUUCUGUGACCGUUCACACGAGUGCCCCCUCUACACCUAUAUUAAGACCGGUGCAAUUUGUCAAAACAGUCAGUCUAGUCGGUGUUACGAACCUUAUCCUAAACUGCGACAUAAUUACUUGAUUUAAUACAAUUUCUGGGGAAACAACGUCAGAAGACAUGUUAUUAAGAAAUUGUUUACGGGUUUCCCAUGAUCGAUCGUUCGAUUGUGGAGUCCAAAUUGCUACGAUCAAUCUUUUUAUCAGUAUAUGCCUUCUAAAAACCGCGCCAGAUUGUAACAUUAAAAUAUUUGAAUACCUCAGAGCAUAAAAGGCACAGCAUGCAGUGAGAGCAGAAUAAUUUCACUUCCGACCACCCCCUACCCCCUCAUAUCAAAGCUUUGCACCUCUUUCAUUGAUUAUUUUUAAGUCUGAGACUAGUCAUGAAUUAUAAUCAACGUUAGUAGUACUCAUUUGGGUCACUUGACUUUUAGCUUAUUAUUUAUUCUUUUUCCCACGGAAAAAAAAUGUAUGGAAUAAAUGAUAAUUUAAAAUCAUAAGUAAUAUAAUUCUAUUGUUUAAUGGCAAAACACAGCGCGAACACGGGUAACCCAAGAUCGAACAAUGCGCGUUUUUGUCACACUAAAGGCAGCAUAUAGGGAUUUGUGUAGAAAUGAGGACUAACCCAUAAAUCUGCAGAAGUUUGAAUUAAAAUAAUCGUAGCCCACUUCUUGUUUUGUCUUUUGAAUCUUGAGAGUUUCUUAGCCGAUUUACAGCGGUCUAGCUUGUUUUACCUGUGACGACUGAGAGCAUUUUUAAAGCGGGUAUUAGGUAACAGGUAUUAGUCAACUAUCAGGUGGAGGUAGAAAUUGGAAUGAGAACCUCGGACAAUAGCGGUUAGAUUUCGAUAAGAAACGGGAAAGAAAGGUGGAAACUGAAAGAAAAACUGCAAUGUUUCGCAGGGGAAAGCAUAAGAUGGGAGUAAAGGAGAUUUUCUUCCCCCUUUGAAUCAGCCAUGCUUGACAAAGUUUGUAAUCAUAAAUAGUUACAUUUGUGUUCAUGUUUUUAAAAACUCUAAUGAUGUUCAUUAUCAUCUUCAGUUGAUGAAAACUUAUAGUUGGCCUUUCUUUUCUAUACAGCAACAACUCUGAGUGCAGAUACCACCAUGACAACUGCAAAGGGUAAAGUGAAUGAUAUAUAUAUAAAUAAUUAUAUAAUGCUAAUUACGAUUUAUUAGUGAAUUAAUAAAAACCAUGUUCUGCCCAACCAUAAACACUCUCUUUACUGAAUUGUGUGGUUCAUUAAUGAAGACAAAUCCUCUCAUAUUUCAGAGGACCCUUAAAUUGAAGUAUCAUAAAAGUAUGAGUUUCAUCUGUAAAGAUUUGCAUGGAACGAUUUUCACAAGGACCAGAACUAUUUGAAAUUCAUAAGUCCUCUUUUAUUGCAGGGAACUUGAAAGUUUCCAUAAAAAUAUAUUCUGGUCUUCCUGAUCCAGAGUGGCAAGUUGUUCCUUCAGAUCCUAACUACAACAAAAUUGAAGAGCUUCUUAACACUGCAAGAGCUGGAGGGUUUGUUCUGAAUCCCUUUAAGGACAUGCCAGCACGACUUGGCUUCAAAGGAUUCACAAUACAGGACACAACCAAAGGGAUAAAAGAUCUGGAAUAUAUUUUUGGUCCACACACAGCAAUGCUUCAACAGUUGUUACUUAAAAGUAUGCCAAGUGAAUUGCUCCCUGGUAAGAUAAGAGAGGAUCUCUCAGAGAAGAUUAGGAAAGAAGCUUUGAGUGUAGGUGUAGAUCAACAAGAAGGAACAUCAAGUGACUCACCAACAGCAACAUGCAAGGAGUCUGGUAAUUAAAGAAUGACCUUAACGAAUAGGUCUUUUUUUGGUUGAUUUCACUCAUUUUUGGAGAUUGUCUUUCUUUCGAAAUGUUAAUUAACAAUUUUUCACUGGAGUAAAGGUAAAAAUCCACCACUUUCAACAACACUGAGAUGAAUAAUUGUUUUAGUAUAUACCACACAGAUACAAAAAUAUAAGAUUAUUUCAUUCAUUAUACCAAAAAAUGGUUAGAAAUUACACUCUUGCGGCACAAUUUUGUCUCAUCAGCUGCUCAGAGGUGAAUAGUACUAGCUAUUCACUUCCAAACUAGCCAAUAAGCAUGACCAAAAAGCAUUAUUCACCAGGAAUAUACUAAUAUCUGUCAAACAUUCUCUUUGAGGCUAAAAUCUGUUCAGAAUCAUGUAACAAAGCUUCUCACUGCACUACUUUUGAAAUACUAAAAAAUGCUGUCUUGUUUCAAGCAUCAAAUUAAUAUAAAUAAUUUCCAACAUUUUGUAGCAUUUUUUUCACUGUUUGACCCCAAAGAGUGAGUAGCAUCUAAUUUCUCUUUACUAUAUCAGCCCUGAAUCACACAUUAUGGUCACAAGGGAUAAAGGAAAUGAUCACCUACUACAGAAACUCUUGAUUGUUAAACAAAUUCUCCUUAUCAUCACCUCAGGAAAUUUAAUAGAGAACAGUAUCAAGAAUAUGCAUUCUGAUGUUAGAGUGUAAAGGGUUAAGACCUUUCUUGGCUGAAUUGAUUGUAAUACAAUAUUAGUAUAUCAUAUGCAUACUUCUUUUGCAUUUGUUGUAGGAAACUUGAAAAUCACCUUGUUAGUUUUUUCUGGUCGUCCUGAUCCACAGUGGGAGAUACUUCCAACAGACCCAAACCAUGACAGAAUCAAACAGUUGCUUGACUCUGCAAGAGAUCAAGGCUUUAUAUACCCUAUCAGAAAAAUGCAAUCCCGACUUGGCUUCAAAGGAUUUCUAAUACAGAACACAGCCAAAAAGAACAAAGACCCAGAACUGAUUGUAGGACCAGACACAGUACAAUUACAGCAGAUACUACUUCAAAGCCUGCCUGAAGGGAGUUUCUCUGAAGACUUUCGCAAGAAAAUUUCAGAAGAGAUCAAGCUUACUCCUUCUCCUUAAGUGUAUGCUCGACUGUUCUCGCUUGUAAACCAGUUUUGAGCUUCCUUAUACAUUUGAAAUUUCUCAAUAUUCUUAACUGAAAGACUGUCUACAACAUACUUGGUUGUACUUGUACAUGUAAAUGGUCUAUCUGACAAACUGGAAAUGAUGAAAACAAUUUAUAUGAAUAAUCAUAAAUUAAUCAUUGUCAGAUGUUAUAAUGAUACAAUUUAGUUCAAAUAGUUAAAACUAGAGAAAAAAAUAACAAGAGAAAUUCUUUGAUCACAACAAUUACAAACUAAACAAAGCUAAUACAGCUUUAUUUUUAGAGUUUCACAACAAUGCACAAUGUAACAAUCUGGUCAAUAUGAUGGAAAAACUGAAUUAUGAAAUUUACAAUACUUUAUGAAAUAAUAUUUUUUCAAAAUUAUAUUAUCAAAAUUAUAUAGUCAUAUUUUUAAUCAAAAUUAUAAUAUUCAGCUGUUUCCCUUUAGGGAAAAGCAACAGUGAGACGAGCUUUCAAAAACAACUUUUAAUUUACCUCAGCAGGUGAUUUUGAAAUAAAUUGAUAAGUAACA